UGAAAAUUAUGAACGGAAUGAAAUUUAUGAUCGGCCUUCCGUUCAUAAUUUUAUUUCUGGGGUACAAAUUCAAGAGGAGGCAUUUGUCCAUGUAUGAUGCGAUUGAAGGCUUUUUGCAAACACAAAACAAUUUCAUGCCAAUCAGAUAUAACUAUUCCCACAUAAAGAGAAUGACUAGAGGAUUCAAAGAGAAAUUAGGUGAGGGAGGUUAUGGUAGUGUAUACAAAGGAAAACUUCGAAGUGGAGGAGAUGUAGCAGUGAAGAUGUUGAGCAAGCCUAAGGAUGGUGGGCAAGAUUUCAUGAAUGAAGUAGCUACCAUUGGAAGGAUUCAUCAUGUCAAUGUGGUUGGACUCGUGGGGUACUGUGUUGAGGGAACAAAGCAUGCUCUUGUAUACGACUUCAUGCCCAACGGAUCACUCGAUAAGUACAUCAGCACCAGUCAAGAAGAGAGUCCUCAGUUAAGUUGGCAGAGGAAGUAUGACACUAUUCUUGGAGUGGCUCGAGGAAUUGGGUAUUUGCAUCGAGGCUGUGAUGUACGGAUUUUGCAUUUUGACAUCAAGCCACACAACAUUCUUUUGGAUGAGAAUUUCAUUCCAAAGAUUUCUGACUUUGGGCUUGCAAAGUUAUAUCCAACACAUAAUAGCAUUGUGACUCUCACAGCUGCUCGCGGAACGAUUGGAUAUGUAGCUCCAGAGUUGAUCAGCAGAAGCAUUGGAGCAAUCUCUUACAAAGUUGAUGUUUACAGCUUUGGAAUGCUGCUAAUGGAAAUGCUGGACUUGAAGAGACAUGAAGUUGCAAGUGAAGAGAAUUCCAGCCAAUAUUUCCCAUAUUAUAUUUACGAUAAGUUCAACAAGGGGAAGGAGAUUGUGGUGGAUGAAGAAGCGAAUGAUGAUGAAAAGAAGAUGGCUAGAAAGCUGAGUUUAGUUUCACUAUGGUGCAUACAAACAAAUCCGAUACAACACCCUUCGAUGAGUAAAGUAGUAGAAAUGCUUGAAGGUGAAGUUGAAGUGCUAGAAGUACCUCCUCAGCCUAUUCAAUCUCAACCCAUUGUUCAUCAGAUGAUGGGAAGUUCUAUGACAUUUUCUUCUGAUUCAAUGGCGUUGUUAGAAAAUUCUGCUGAUAAUCCCGUCGAAGUAGUCUAGGGUUGAUUUUUUGACUUGAUUUUUGAGCUGAACUUUUAUGUGCCAAUAUGGGUCUCUAUGGACUCAUGUAUUUACCUAGAUUAGGUAUUUGACCAAAUGAGGACCGUUUAGAGGAAUUAAGGAAAGGCAAUGCCAUAAUUUGAUUUUUUUCCCGACCCCAAUUAAGCCAAGUUGAGAUGCAACAUGAGCUUAUUUUAUAAUGUGUUACGCUCAUCACAUGGAAUAGGAUUCUAUCAUGAUGA